AUGUUGAAGCUUAUCUUCUUCGCAGCGUUGAGCGCAGCCACCAUAACAAUUGUCGAUCCUAGUGACUACGCAGAUCUUUCAGCAGAUGCGGCAGACAACGCCCUUACGGCAAAUUGGGACUAUCAACCACUGUCAUACCAGGCCUAUGCGAUCACCGGGCCCAGUUCCUACAGUGGCGAAGAAAAGGAUAUUUCUCACAAGACACUCUCCGUUUCAACCAAUGACACUAGCGUGGUGGUCAUUACUGAAGAUUCACAAGUGAACAUUUCGGACUCCACUAUUAUCAAGCACGGUUAUUCGACCGAUUUGUACCAGUCCAGUUUCUACGGGCUAAAUGCGGCAAUUAAUGUGGCCAAUGCCUCGGUCGCCUAUCUAGACAACAUCAAUGUUACUGUUCAUAAUGGAGCGGCCAAUGUAUACGUCUAUGGCAACAAUUCAUACGCCUAUGUUUCGGACACCACUUUGUACAGCUCGGGUCCUGUCUCUCAUGGGCUCUAUGCCGCUGGCUAUGGAACGGUUAUUGGCAAAAAUCUUCAGCAUUACUCGGGAGCAUACCGAUCGUCAUCUUUUGCAGGUGACAGUCCUAAAGGAUAUGUCUAUGUCUAUGACUCUGUCGCCCAUACUGCCGGAAUCGGUAGUGCUAUUUUUUACGGGCAAGGGACGGUUUAUGCCGAGAAUAUCAUUGGGCAUGCCCAAAAAGCUCCCAUUGCAUUUUUGGAUGGCGCCCAAAUAGACAUUCACGAUUCAGACUUGACUGCCGGUUUGCUUGCAGGUGCCGUUAUAUUUUCUUCGGGAGACCGUGAGUCAGGGUCUAGCAUCGCCUUCACGGGGUCCCGGCUUACUGUUCUGCCGGAGAAUGGAGCCGGGUUGUGGUUUGGAAAUGUUAUUGCCAGCGCGAGCCUCGUGCGUUCCCACAUCAACACCACGUCCGGGAUUCUGGUUGCUGCCAACUACUCGCAAGUGACACAAGACUUCACAUACUUUGCGGACUCCACUGCCCCUGCUGAGGCCACUGUUAGUGUCUCGGAAUGCGAUCUGACGGGAGAUCUUGUCGCCUAUAAUGGAAGUUCAAUUAGUUGGACCCUGGGCAAUUACUCCUCAUGGACGGGCUCGGCAUACUCUGGAUAUGAGAAAGCGUACUUUUCUGUAUCCCUUGAUGCUACCUCUACUUGGACUCUAACUCGGGACACCGUGUUGACAAAUUUCACCGAUACUGAUACGACUUUCUCCAACAUCCAUAGCAAAGGCUUCAACCUUUAUUAUGAUUCAAGUGCUAAAGGAAGUCAGUGGUUGAAGGGAUCCACUAAGAAGAUGAAUGGUGGAGGCUUCCUUAAGCCAGCGACCAAAAAGCAAUUGCAGCACCCCUCUUAA